UGCGCAACCUCCACUGAUGCCAGCGAGCUACUGCAGAGAAUCGUCGAGCCUCCUUCUACGCACCCAUCUAGCUGCCCUCGAUAUUACGGUGAACUCUUUCUACAGUAUUUGAGCAGAUCAGCACUCCUAUUAGCAGCACGCCUGAUCGUCAACAUCGCCAUGUCCCUCGACCCUCUCUCACAACCGUACAACACCACGGAUCCGACGGCAAGCUUCCUGAGCUCCUCGUGUUUAGACUUUCUCCUUAUCGAACUUGUUCCCCUUGCCUACCGUGUUACACACGAUCUAGAUGGCGUAACAGCGAAAACAGACGCAGCCUCUGGUAAUGCGUUAGCAGCUACUCCCAAUGACGCCUCUGCGAGUGAUCGGCCUGUUAGUUCCGGCGCCGUAGCGCCAACGACGAGCGACCAGAAGGAAAUUGAUGACGAAGAAGAGCUCGAUGCUGUACAUCACCGGCUUGAAACAUUAGGAUAUCGCGUUGGACAGGGCCUUGUCGAAAGGUUCUCCCGCGACCGACCACGAUUAAAUGACACAUUAGAUGUUAUUAAGUUUUUAUGCAAAGACCUUUGGUCAUUGGCAUUCGGCAAAAAUAUUGAUAAUUUAAAAACGAACCACAGGGGUGUAUACGUAUUGACAGAUAAUGUGUUUCGUCCGUUUUCAAGAAUGAGUACAAUAGCAGGCGGACAAGCUGUUAUUCGUGCCCAGCCGUUUCUCUGGUUCCCUUGUGGAAUUGUUAGAGGAGCUUUAGCGGCGCUUGGAAUCAACGCCACAGUUCAAGCGGAGAUCAAUGAGCUCCCGGGGGCAGUGUUUCAAAUAAAAACUCUGCCGAUGAAGACAUAAAGCUGCUUUAUAGAAGAGACAGUGUAGCGGCGUUUACAAGUCUAUUUUCGCUAUCUAUAUGGGUCAUAAACUGCAGCCACAAAGAGUACUGGGGGCAUAAUUGGAGCCUGGCGUUUCUUUCCCCUUAGCGGCUCCUUCUAAUUGGCCAAUUUUUGAUGGAUAGUAUUCCGUAUCCAAUGACAUCGAUCAACCACCAGCAACAACGGCCCAGCCUCAAAUCUCUCCGUUCUCUGCCUUAACAGCAUCCUGCCUUAUCUUGGAGCAGUUGCCUCACAGCCUGUUGGAAAAAAAGCAGAUCAGUAACUAGUCAAAACAAUGAUUUACUACGGCUAGGCUUCUAGCUAUGCUGUUGCAAUGGGCCAUUGUUACGCGAUCGGCACCUUACUCAAAAUAAAGGGACACGAAGGGGGAGGGGUUAUUCACUUUUGGGGAGGGUUGUGCGCAAAGGCGACGCCCUUGGCGAUGUUUCCCUUGAGGCCUUCGACAGCCUUCUCCAGGAGACCCUUCUCCUUCUCGGUGAUGCCCUCGAGAGGGUUAAUGGCCUUCUCGGCACCGUUAGGCUAUUAUCCUUAUUAGUAUAUGGCGACAUAAUAGACAAUUAUUUAAACUGUAGUUCAAGAAUCAACAUACUCCGAGUUGGAUAGGAACAGAGAAGAAAUCGCAGCCAGUCUGCUUGGCGAUAGCCUCGCCUCCGGGAACACCGGGGAGGUAGACAUAGCUGGGCUCGACAAGGCCAGUCUCGCCCUUGACGGCGCGGAGAACCUUCUCAGCGAAUCUUAAAAGAAAAGGAUAAUUCAGCCAAUAAUUCCAUUCUUAGGGUGCGGGAACAACAUACCGGAAGCCAGCGUAAGCCAUGGAGAGGGUGGCGGAUCCAGCACCAUCCUUGGCCUUGACAACCUCAUCACCACCAAACUGGAUACGGUUGACAAGAGCGUCAUAUUUGUCAUCGGGGAUAGAAACAGCAGGGUUGGCCUUGCUGAUCAAGGGGACAAUGGUCUCGCCCGAGUGGCCGCCAAUGACGGGGAUAGUGAGCGUCUGAGGCUGCUUCUGGCCGAUAAUCUCAGCGACGAAGGUCUCGGCGCGGACAAUGUCCAAUGUGGUAACGCCAAAGAGGCGCUGGGGGUUGAAGACGUUUUUGGACUUCAAAACCUCGGCGGAGAUGGGUACUGUAGAGUUAACAGGGUUGGAAAUGACGAGGAUGAAAGCCUUGGGGGCGACCUCGGCGGCGACCUCGAUAAGACCCUUGACAAUGCCGGCGUUGAUGUUGAAAAGGUCGUCACGGGUCAUACCAGGUUUGCCUAUGGAAACGGCGUGUUAAACAGGGUUUUGUAGCGCGCCGCUAUGACAAGCAGGGCAAAAAGUAGCAUAGCACGGGUAAUACGUACGAGGAAUACCGGCGGGGAUGACAAUAAUGUCGGCAUCUUUGAAGGCAGCCUUGGCGCCGUCGUUGGCGGGCAAGUAGCCUGUGAUUUUCUGUUGCAUCAUCGUCAGCCCAUCGUGAACCUGCAUGUGACAGCUCAGGGCGGGGGCGACGAGCCGAUCGUAGUCAAGCUUACCGCAGUGGAGGAAAUGUGAGAAAGGUCGGCGGCAACACCGGGAGUGUUAACAACAUCGUAGAGAGCAAGCUCGUCAACGUGAGGGCUGGUCUUGAGGAGCAGCGAGAGGGGCUGAACCGGACGAAUGGAUUAGCAAACAUAAGCGCGCAAAGUUUGGCGCAUUGGAAGCUUACCUGGCCAAUGCCACCAGAGGCGCCGGCAAC